AUGCGGGAAAGGGCCACAGUCUAUAAGGAAAAGCUGAAAGACCCUGUGCUGUCCUCCCCUGAAGGCAGUCCUACAGCUUCAUUGGUUGUGGGCACUGUCCAAGGAAAUGCAAUAACAUAUAUUGCACUCUUUAACAUGAAGUGCCCUGUUUGUGAUAGCAGACAUGCACGAUUAUAUCAGUGGUUAUUUUAUUCAAAUCUGGUUUCUAAUACACUCAAUAUUGUCACUUGUUGUGAUAUUCUAUUUUCACUAGCACCAUCAAAAACGAAGCCUCCACCCCCACCAAAAGAUGAAAAAAAGGAAGAAAAGAAAGAGGAAGCAGAAGCAAAGCCAGAGGAGGAUCACUACUGUGAUAUGCUCUGCUGUAAAUUCAAAAAAACACCGCUGAAAAAGUACAUGACCUAUCUACAACUACCAGACAGCAUAGACUCAUACACAGAUCGACGUUAUGUAGCAUGGCUCAUGCUUGUGACAGUUGCCUAUAACUGGAAUUGCUGGUUUAUCCCCCUUCGCUUUGUGUUUCCAUAUCAAACCUCAAGUAAUACAAUAUAUUGGGUUGCCAUAGACAUCAUCUGUGAUAUCUGCUACCUGUGUGACCUGCUGGUUUUCCAGCCCCGAGUGCAAUUUUUAAAAGGUGGAGAUAUAAUAGUAAACAAAGUGGAAAUGAAGAAAUUCUACCACAGCUCUAUGAAGUUUCGGCUCGAUGUGAUAUCAGUAUUGCCAUUUGAAGUUUUAUCUAUCUUCUUUGGAUUUAACCCAGCAUUUAGAGCAAAUAGAAUGCUAAAGCAUAACACAUUCUUUGAGUUUAAUGAUCGUUUGGAAGCUAUUCUGGACAAAGCAUACAUCUACAGGGUCAUUCGAACAACUGGAUACUUACUGUUUAUCUUGCACAUUAAUGCAUGCUUGUAUUAUUGGGCUUCAGACUAUGAAGGACUUGGCAGCACUAGAUGGGUGUACGAUGGCCAAGGAAACAUGUACCUGAGGUGUUACUACUGGGCAGUUCGUACAUUAAUCACCAUUGGAGGCCUUCCAGAACCACAAACCCUGUUUGAGAUAGUUUUUCAACUGCUGAAUUUUUUCUUGGGUGUCUUUGUCUUCUCCAGCUUAAUUGGUCAGAUGAGAGAUGUAAUCGGAGCAGCUACAGCAGGACAGAACUACUACCGAUCCUGUAUGGACAACACUGUCUCCUAUAUGAACACUUACUCCAUUCCAAAAGUGGUUCAAAAUCGUGUUCGAACCUGGUAUGAAUACACAUGGGACUCUCAGGGAAUGCUGGAUGAAUCAGAAUUACUGGAGCAGAUGCCAACCAAAAUGCAAUUAGCCAUUGCAAUUGAUGUGAACUUUGCCAUUGUCAACAAAGUUGACUUAUUCAAAGGUUGUGAUACUCAGAUGAUAUAUGACAUGCUGCUAAGGUUGAAAUCCAUUGUGUAUUUACCUGGUGACUUUGUCUGCAAAAAGGGAGAGAUUGGCAGAGAGAUGUACAUCAUCAAACAAGGUGAAGUUCAAGUCCUUGGAGGCCCUGAUGGUACAAAAGUCCUGGUUACACUAAGAGCAGGAGCUGUAUUUGGGGAGAUCAGCCUAUUAGCUGCAGGCGGAGGAAAUCGAAGGACUGCCAACGUGGUGGCUCACGGUUUUGCCAACCUUUUCAUUCUAGACAAGAAAACACUCAACGAAAUCUUGGUACACUAUCCUGACUCAGAAAAACUUCUGAUGAAGAAAGCAAAGGUGCUGCUGAAGGAGAAGGGGAAGCCUGCUCCUGGACCACCAGUGCAACAACCACGGGGCUUGGCUGGUCUUUUUGGGCAGAAACAGGAAACUCCAAAAUUGUUUAAAGCGAUGCUUGGAGGUAAAGGAAAAGCAGGUCUUGCCAAGCUGCUGCAGCUGAAGAGAGAACGAGACAUUCAGGAAAACGAAGCUGAAACAGAGAAACCUGAACAAGAGGAGAAGAAACCCGAACCAGAGGAGAAGAAACCCCCUGAGCCUGCAGCCUCAUCUGCACCCCCUGCACAAAAUGAAGAGCCGAAUGCAGACGCUAAGCCUAAACCACCUGCAGUUAUGCACAGAGGAACCACUAAUGAGUCUCUGAUCAUUAGUAUGUCUCCAUCACCUACAGCAGGGGAAGGAGAGAUCCUUAAAGUUGAAGCUAAAGAGAAGAAAAGGAAAUAGAUGGUGCUUUGGGCUGCGUUUUGCUGAAUUCAGAGGGCUAGUGUGACUUGGCUUUUGGGUACAAAAUAUAGAAGUAGAGGCUACUCAAGAAAGAACCUAUCCCAGCUCAUCUUCUUCCUUCCCUCCUCUCCUGAGGCAACUGGGCAGAUUUGUAUACCUACCUCUGAACCUUGAGCCUGAAGAGAGAACUCCUGGUGUAAUAGGAAUUAGAGAUCCGACUGGAUUUCAGGAUAGCAUAUUUCUUGGUUGAUCCAUGCUCUCCAUUCUCUCUUACUCCAUCUUGUUUCUGCUUCUCCUUUUCCCUCUUCUGUUUAUUCUUUCUUUCUUACUGUUUUUCAUGGUUGUCAGUUUGCUCUUAGUUUUCAUGUCUGUUCUUUUUUAUUUUCUUUUCUGGUUUCCCAUAGUUGUCCUUUUUCUUGUUACUGCACUACUGUUGCUGAGGUUACUUACGUUUCUGUCGAUCUUUCUCUCCCCUCCCCUUAUACUUCUAAUCAGUUACAUGCUUUUGUGAUGCUUUUGUGAUCAGUAUGGCUGAAUGCAGAAAGCUGUGAUGCUGUGUUCAGGUGUCAUUAAAAAAUUGUUUAAAAAAACAAAAGCAAAAUAAAAAAUAUUCACAACGGGGAAGCAGAUCACGUAAAUACUGCCAACUUGCAAAAGCAUUUGUUCCAGUUGUCUGUAUUGAUUCUGGUGAAUAAAAAUAGAGAAGAUAUUCUCCCGCAACACCCUGAGGAGUGACCUUAACUUUUGGUUGCUGAUUUACACAUUUCAUCUUCUCAAGGGAUUGGGCAUUAAUCUCUCUCUAAAAAGCGAGCAGUUGCUACAGGCUAACUUUAAAAGAACUUCCUAUCUAGUGGCCACUUCAGAAACAAAGUCUGUUUUACAAAAAGCAGGAUUUACACUUUCUGGCUCUGUGCUACACAACUCCAACUAACAGGUUGACUGCUCCAGUUGUUCACUUCCAUCACAGCCCUCAGCUGAUGGUACCAAGCAACCUUACAGGGGCUGAGCUUCAUCAUACCUAUGAACUAAAGUAAAUCCUUUAUCCAGUGUCACAGCUGAGAGGGCUACAGCUUUAAUAAUGAGCUGCCAAACAACCUUCUGCAUCAGCUCAACACAGAAUGGGAUGCAGUUCUAAAUAAAAGCCCGAAGUUGUGUUUUAAGCUUAAUUCUCAAGUACUUGCAUUUUUAAACUUCAGAGAUGGUUUUGAUGAUACACACAAACACCUUAAAAAAAAAAAAACACAACACUGCUGUGGUUAACCUCCUUCCCAAUAACCCUGAAAAUCCUUUUAUUCCUGAGUUUGUGUCUCUUCUCUGUCCCUAUCCACUCUCAGUCCCCACUGGAAGAACAGUACUGGGAACUAAAACCAUUCUCCAGAAAACAGCAAAGAAAUCCUAAGGGCAGGUUUCACAGUUCCUCGGCUGACCAGCCAGCCAAGAUAUAAGAAAAAUAUGGUGCCAAAAUGAAAAAAAUCCCUUUGCAGGCUAUAUAUGUUCCUGUGGGCUACGCGUUCUGUUAGGCCUGUCCUAUAAUGCCUUUGAACUUCUCCAAUCAUAGGCAAAGCUGGCAGCCCAACCAGAAUCAGUGGGAGCUUUGCCUGGGUAAAAGCUAGAUGACUUACUCCAUAUGCUGCAUAUUCCAAACAUUCUGUGACACAGCUGAUAGCCACAUCUCUCUCAAAAAGAAAGUUCUGUCAUAUUAACAGUGAGGUCAAAGGCUAACUGCCACAUGGGAAGAACCAUCUUUAUUUGUGUAUCACUUGCUAUUUGAUAUGUAAGAAAAAAGGUGCAUCUUACUUCUUUCUGCUGCAUGACAUCAUAAAGACCUAUUUGUCUACUGCACGUCCAGGAGCAUCUCUGUACAAUAUCAAAAUUAGAAAUACCGCUAAACUACCUCACAAGUAAGGCCUUCUGCGAGUAGUAAGGAUCUAUGAAUUCAUUAUAAUACAUGGUUCUUACAUCACUUUUUGAGGAACAGUUUUCAAAACAUUACGGAAGGGGGGAAAGCACAUAAGCCCCCAUAUUUUAACAUGAUGAUACUGAUGAGUAAAGUUCUCACUGCAGAAGAUCUAAUCCCCUUCUGCCUACACAAAUGCUGUAAUGUCUUCAAAAAAACAUUUCCACUGUUGACAUACUGAAGUUCAUCAAUCACAUACUGACAUAUAUUACAAAGUAAGGUCUGAAACUGCAGCAGCAUUACACUGCAGCAACACAGCAUCUCUCACGUUGCUGCUUUGCUACAGUUCUUCACAUCUUAGGAUUGCAAGGGAAGCUGGUCAGUUCUGUCUUCAAAAUUAUCCAGUCGUGCAAAGCCCUUGAGUUCCUCAGAUCCAAAAUGAAACAAAAAAGUGUUAGUGCAUAAGGUCAAGACUUCAUGAAGUGACAGCCAUCUGGGUCUUCUCUGACAUCUUUCUUCUCUGUUGUUGAAUCCCUUCCCAGAAUCCCUCCAUUUUGGGGAGUGGUGAGGGGCCAAAUCUCAACUAUUUGUAGGGUUUUCACCAGAAGGAACAACACGCAGCACAAGAAACCUCAAGACAUGCUCCUUGUGUAAAAUGCGUUACUUUCAGAAACUAAUUUUACCCCAUGGAUUCUUAAUUUGUGGAGAAAUUGAGUGAACUGCUCUAGAGGACCUACAUGAUGCAUCUUUCAGCAUCAAAGCUCACUCAGGUUCUGUAUGGCAUAGCAAACACACCAUGCAAUGCUAUGUCUCUAGUAUGUCUCAGUUUCCCAAUAAAGCAUCUCAGACUUCACUACAACUUAAGAAACCAUAAAGGGUAAAAGGAUAAUGAGUUUGAAAUCUAAAAUAAAUCUCCAUGCCUUUCUACUUAAAAUGCAGAUUCCCUGUAAAGAAACAAAACACACCCUGGAAAAACUGAUGACAAAUGUAUGGAAUAGCAUCAAUAGGGGAACUCUAACACAGCAAAGAGGAUGAAAGACUCACUGCUAAAACCAUCCAAUUUCAAAAUAUCUUGAUAAAAGACAGUAUGUUAUGCUUUAUGAAAUACACAGUGCACAUUCACAACCACUGAGUAAAAAGGCACGUUUCCCUCUAAUCUGAUACCAUCUGUUAUAUAUCUAAGCUGCUUAGCCUGUGGAAUAGUCAUCGUAGUAACUGCAAAAGCAGUGUUCAUUGUUUCAUGGAAAAGGCUGAAUACAAAAACAUGACAGAAAAGCAGCGUACUGAAAGUACAGUUUUAAUGCAUAGCAUUGUAAAUCAGUUACCUUCUGAACUGAAAUACAUACAGAAAGUACUUUAAAAAAAACUCUGGUCACGGGUUAUUUCUCUGCUGUACAUGUAUAUAUAUUAAGACAUUAAAUUGCAAAAAGCUCGAUUAUGAAGACUGCUAUACAUCAUUUCUAUCACAAGGUGGUGCAAGUGACCUACAAGCACAUUCACUUGACAAAACUUGGACAAUAUUUUGCUUGACACACUCAAGCUAGUAAGGCAUUUUUUGCAUGUAAAAAUAAAAAAAUGGCAAAACAACAAACUAACUCCCCUUCCCCUUGACUCACAAUUUGGUACAUACCUAGACUCAGAAUACUGCUUCAGCCUAACACGGAAUCUUCUAAGUUUUUCAACAUGCUGUUAGCUGUAUGCCUCUAAGAGAAGUUAUAUGUGGAAAAUGAUUCUUGCCACUGUUAGAUCUGAAAUGUUUUUCUUCUACAUAGUAUAGAGCACAUUGAGAAGUAGGUAUCAUUGAAAUGCUAUUUACUUCCCUAAGCUUGAGAAAUACAGGAGCAUUUUUGCAACAAGAGAAUGCAUUCUCUGCUCCAGAAAUUCAAAGUAUGUUAAGAAUAUCGAAAACCAAGUUUUAGAUAUUUUAUAUGCAGCAGAUAUUUAGUACAAUUAUGCUUAUUAACAUACUUGAAAGCAUUUAAAUGCACUUCCACCACAACAUGAGAAAGAAUUUGUAAUGUAACUCAGAGGCAACAUAUUUUUGGAAGAUAGUUCAGAGGAAUUUCAGUAGUAUCCUGAAUUCCUAUCAGUAGUAUGUGUCCAGUUAAAUGAAUACAGACAAAGCACUAAUACUGCAUCUAGUCAUCUGUCUACAUGGACCACUUGGCUGUGAAACAGUUUACUGGUGCAAAAUCAUAUUUUAUCAGUUUACAGCAGCGUGAUUUAGGUUUGGUAUAACCACCCACUUCCUUGAUUGUAGGAAUUUUAUGUUGCAGAUCUAGCAUGAUAAUUCAUUACAUAUUAUGUAUCAAGUAUUAAUACAUUUGCAUGUCACUGAAAAGAGAUGAUUCUGUAUUUCUAUACAAUCAAAAACAUGAAUUUGAUUUUAAAAUAUAGAGCGUGGCUUAAUAUGAAACAAAAUCUUUCUUAGUAUUCCACUCCUAUAACUAUUUAGGACCCGUUUCCACCAAGGAAAAGGCAGUGUAGAAUACUGUAUUAAUUCAUAACUGGUAAUUAGUCAACUACUACAAAACAUUUGGUAUGUUUUACAGGAUGUGUAAGACAAUCUCAAUACCCAUCCAUCAGUGUUAAUAUGAACUCAGAUUUUUGGCAGAAUUAUACGUGUGGAAAGAGAGCAGAGCAGCUCCAGCAGCUAGAACAAGCACAUCCACUAUGAUCUGGUGCCAUCUUGGGUGCACAAGAACGCUAGAUUUAGUGUUAGUCCAUUUUGUUGUAACAUGCUACAGCUAGGUCAAGUAAAAUCAGAUCAAGCAGAUGUCUAAGUCUAAACCACUUCAAAUGUGAAACUGCUAAGUUAAUGUUUAGGACAGGCAUUUUGAAAUGAUAAAUGGGACCUUUACAUCCACAUGCACUGAUAGGAUAGGAUCAGAACAGAUCCUCAUCAAGCACUAUGCAGCUGGGAGACAAGAAAGCUUUGUCUGUCCACUACACACAUACAGCGUGAUUUACACUUUAAAGUCUAUUGAAAAGAAAAAAUGGUGAAAACUCAAGCCAACAAAAUAUAACAAGUUGUCUGCCCUAGAAAAGCAGUAUGAUUAUAGGAUUUGAGCUUAGAGACUUUCUUAAUGUUUCCUCUUCCUUCCCAGUAGGAAGAUGGGUUUUCUGCAGGCACUUUUCACUAGUGAGCUCAUCAGAAAGAUUCAUGAUUCAAAACAUAACGAUAUAAAUAAGUAGCACUUUCAAAAACCAUCUCUGAUAAUGUGCAGUUAUUAAACAGAACUUUUUCAAUUAAAAAAUGAAUUCCCGCUUCACAAUAAGCCCUUGCUCUUUAAAGACAGUCAUAUAUAUGACUGUUUUACUUAAACUAAACACCUGAAGUUCCUGUUUUCCAGUACAGAUCACACUCAAAACAUAUCUUACAACCUCUAUGGCUGUAGCUUCAUAGGCCAACAGUAUUUUUCUGAGAUGUUAGAGGUUUCCCUCAUAUUCAUACAGCCUUGGAUGGCAGGCACUGACCAAAGGCACUGACGUAGUAAAUGUUAAGUAUGCAUACAAGGAAGACUUUCACAUUUUGUUCUAGCACUCAUGUAACUGUAUCACUACUGUGACAAAGUUUUCUUAUGGUGGCUUACAUAGACACAGAACCCUGAAGUAUUCCAGAUUUGUUGAAGCAUAUACAAACUUUGAUCUGCUUGGUGGGGA